UCACGUUAUUCUGAGAUAAGAAAUUAUCACGUUAUUUUGAGAUAUGCAACAUUUGGCCAUUGAGCACUUCAACACUUCCCGGUUCAGUCAAGGAACAUUGCUCGUCUACAGGACUUAAUUCAGUUCUAUUUCAAGCUUGGUCUAAGGCAUGGUGAAAUUCUUCAGUUGUUGAGCACUGUGGAUGGUAUUGUUGUCAGUAUGCGCACUCUCCGAAGGAUUUUGAAAAGCAUGGGGUUGUACCGAAGAAAGAAUGAAUCUGACCCACUUGACGUUGCAUCAUUUCUCAUUGAUCAACUGCGUGGACACGGGAGGCUACAUGGAUACAAGUUCCACCAUCUCAACUGCAUCCAAGCUGGAUAUGUUGUCACCCAAAGUACGGUGAGACAUUUGUUAAAGUUCCUCGACCCCAGUGGUGUUGAAAGAAGACGAAGAAAUCGCUUGAUGCGACGUGUGUACAUGAACCCUGGCCCUAAUUAUCUAUGGCACGUUGAUUCUUAUGAUAAAUUGAAGCCGUAUGGUGUGUGCAUAAAUGGAGCUAUUGAUGGCUUUUCCAGACUCAUUGUGUGGCUUCAUGCCUAUUCAACAAACAGCAAUCCCAAAAUCAUUGCUGGUUAUUUCAUGAGGGAAGUUGAGAGGAGGAUGGGGACGCCGUCCAGAAUUCGCGCAGAUCUGGGAACAGAAAAUGUAACAAUGGCCGAGAUGCAGAGGUUCCUACGGUGGAGUACCAAUCGCAGCAUCGUCAGAAACUGCUAUAUCGCUGGGUCCAGUAAUCACAAUCAGCGGAUUGAAAGCUGGUGGGCUUUUUUAAGAAGUCACCAUGCCCAGUACUGGAUGAAUCGUUUUCAGGAACUUAAGGAUAAAGACUGUUUCACUGGAGACUUCUUGGACAAGCAGCUUAUCUUGUUUACUUGCCUAUCCAUCAUCCAGGAGGAACUGCAGCAAGUUGCACAAUUGUGGAAUACCCAUGUCGUCCGAAAGAGCAGGAAUGCAGUAGCUCCAAGUGGACGUCCGAUCCUCAUGUACACCCUGCCUCAUCUAUUUGGAGGACAAGAUUACUUGAAACAGGUCCCUCAGGAAGCAGUGGAGGCUUGCAAAGAAGAGUGCCAACAGAGAGGACCAUGUCCUUGUGAUGAAACAGUGUUUGACAUGUGUUGCCUUAUAAUGGCAGAGAACUUCUUACACUCACCUACCACAGCAGAUGAAGCUAUAGAGCUGUAUCUUUUCCUGAGAGCAUGCAUUCUUAAAGACUUGGGCAUACAGUAAUCCCAUGAUAGCUGUAUCUUAAGUACUCAGGAUAAUGAAUGGUGGACAUCUAAAGCACAAUGACCAUGUUUUUGUUUUGUUCUACUUGAUCAUUUUUUCAUGAAUUCCUGUCCUAAAUCCACAGUUAAAAUACCCGACAUGUCUCUCGUAAUAUUCCGGAGCAUACAAUGUAGUGGGCAUGCAGUGCUGUCACCUGAAUACCCUCAAUAAAUAAGUGUUAUUAAGACAGGUAAAUACAGUAAAAUGUAUAGGGUAUUGUUUAACAAGGUAGUGUUCAAAUCAAGGAGUGGUUAUGUUACUCAACACAAGGGGGC